AUGAGCGCCAUCCUAUCUGCGGACGAUCUCAACGACUUCAUUUCGCCCGGCGUCGCUUGCAUAAAGCCCGUUGAGACUCUUCCUGCCCAGGCGGAGUCCAAUCCUUACGAAGUAACCACCGAAGACAAGGUACAGGCUCCAAACCCCGCGCCAGCGUCGAUUUCCUUGACAGACUGUCUCGCCUGCUCAGGCUGCGUUACCUCCGCAGAAGCAGUCCUUGUCUCGUUACAGUCACACACCGAGGUCUUGAACACUCUAGACUCCUAUCCCCCGCUUGAUGUCCGGUACCUCGUCGAAAGCCGAAAUGGCUCAGUCAACGGCCAUGCUCCUCCUCCGCCCGAUGCCAAACUAUUCGUCGCCAGCGUGAGUCCUCAGGUCCGAGCGAGUCUGGCUGCUACCUAUGGCAUCUCCGAACACCAGUCAGGGUUCCUGAUAGAACAAUUCCUCAGCGGAUCGCAGGGCUUACGGAUAGGAGGACAUCAUAACAGCGGCUUCUCGUAUGUUGUGGACACAAAUCAACUCCGGCAGGCUUGUCUUGUCCUCGGAGCGGAAGAGGUGGCGGAUGCGAUCGAGGCCAAGUCGAAGCCGAAGCCAGUCUUGACGUCUGCUUGUCCCGGUUGGAUCUGCUAUGCUGAGAAGACACAUCCUUACAUCUUACCUCAUUUGUCGAAUCUGAAAUCACCCCAGGCUUUGUCAGGAACCCUCCUCAAGUCGGUUCUUAGCAAAACACUCGGUAUCCCACCCUCGCAGAUAUGGCACUUGGCGAUCAUGCCAUGCUUUGACAAAAAGCUAGAAGCGAGCAGAGAGGAGUUGACGCACAAGUGGUGGCAGUCCUCGUCUUUGGCCGACGCGCCUGUCCGGGACGUUGACUGCGUAAUCACGUCGCGAGAACUCCUGUCCCUUGCCGAAGCCCGAGGUGUUCAGCUUGCUCAGCUUCCCCUCCAGCCGCUAUCACCCUCCGAAAGAACUCCGUUCCCGGAAGGCAGACUCUCUAGCUUUCUUUUUCCAAAGCCACGGCGGCGGAGCGAGCAGUCUGUCACAGCAGGCUCCUCUGGCGGGUACUUAUACCACAUCAUCAUGACGGAACAAGCACGCCAUCCAGGCAGUACCAUCUCGGUACAGCGUGGUCGCAAUGCUGAUGUUAUGGAGUACGCGCUAGUCUCUUCCUCGGGGCAGACAUUGAUGAAAUGCGCACGGUACUAUGGUUUCAGGAAUAUUCAGAAUCUAGUUCGCAAGCUCAAACCAGCCAGACAGUCCAAGCUCCCAGGUGCCGCAAGACGUAUGGCGGCAGGUGCUAGUGGCGGAAGCGACUAUGCGUAUGUUGAAGUCAUGGCGUGUCCAGGUGGGUGCACGAAUGGAGGUGGGCAGAUCAGGAUUGAUGAUGUUGCAUCCAUCCUCCCUCAAACACGGGGUGAGGAAGUGGUCAAUACAAGCCCGCAGAGCCAGAAGGAGUGGCUCAGAAGAGUCGAUGAAGCCUAUUACUCUGCCGACUCUGAAUGUGAGAGCGAAUCGGACGGCGACAUCCACAUGACCAAUGGCAGUGUUGUCGAGAACGGUCACCUUACCAACGGGAGCCAACAAGCCAUCAAUGGUAUCAACACAGGAGAGGUGCAGGACUUCUUAAACCAGUGGUCCAGCUUGGUUGGCAUAUCAUUGAGAAAAUUGGCCUAUACAACAUUCCGAGAGGUUGAGAGCGAUGUCGGAAAAAACAAGGCUUCAAAAACUCUCGAUGAUACGGCUAGAAUCGCUCAGAUUGCUGGGAUGAGCGGAGGGGGGUGGUAG